AUGGAAGGAAUUCAUAAUGUGAAUCCUUGGGAUUGCUUCAAAUCGAUCGAAAUCACCACCACCACCAUGGUUUCAACAAUUUCCAACAACAACGAUCCUCUUUUCUCUUGCAUCAUCACUGUUUUCAUUUUGAUCCUCCUUUAUUUCCCACAUAGAUUUUUUUCUCUAAGAAUCCUUUUCUCUCCCGUCCUUGUUUUAACCGCUUCGCUGUUGUUUUCCCUCCUUCGUCUCGGUGUUACCCAGAGAACCCAAACGGAAACCGCCGGGAAAAUUAUAAGCCCCGCUGUGCCCGAGGAAGAAGAUAAAGAAGAAGAAACGGAUUCUUCCCAGGGAGAGCUCAAAUGGGAGAAAUGCAAAAAUGACCCAGACCUUACAAUACGAAGCUUUGAAGAAAUGUUCGUCGAAUGGGACGUGAAAGCUCCGUUAGAGGUCAUAUAUGAAGAAGGAGACGAAGAAGGAAAGGAUCCGGAUCCGAAUCAGAAUCAGAAUCAAGAUCAAAAUCAGACCCAUGGUAUUGAAAGGUACCCAUCGUUAUCACUUUACUACCCGGAAUCGGACUCGGAUAGUUCUUCUUCUACGUCGGAGGAAACGGAUUUUCCGGAGAUCGGAGAAUGGGUUUCGUCGGAGAAGAUUGGGUACAGGUGGGAAGAGGAAGAUAAGGAAGGGUUGAUUGAGAUAGUACUUGAUAAAAGAGAGAUUGAUUUUCAUGGUGAAGAUGAUAAUUUGAUAGAGAUUGAUAUUUCUUAA